CCUGCAUCAUACCCCGCUGUUACCAUCACACGUUCACGUAAUACUCCCGUGAACAAGCUGACUUGUUGGAAAUGCUCGAGGAUCUUAAAUCUCUCUGCAAGCACGCGGGCUGUAAAAUCAGUGGAAGGGAAAGUGAAGCCGCGAGAGGAAAAUACACCAAAUAUUAGACAGAGGGUUGGAUUAUUGAUUGUCGCCAGUUUACUUCAUUGAAGAUUGUGUUGUGGCAGGUGAUUCCCUGGCUGUAGGGCACGAGCUGCCAUGCCAUUUGGUUGUCUGACACUCGGGGAGAAGAAGGAUUACAACCAUCCCUCAGAGGUGGCCGACAAAUAUGACCUUGGACAAAUUGUUAAAUCAGAGGAGUUUUGCGAGAUAUUUCGGGCGAAGGAUAGGAACACCUUGAAAAUGUACACUUGUAAGAAGUUCCACAAAAAGGAUGGCAGGAAAGUGAGGAAAGCUGCCAAGAAUGAGAUAAUGAUCCUAAAGAUGGUAAAACAUCAUAACAUCCUCCAGCUGGUUGAUGCUUUUGAAACUAAGAAAGAGUACUUCAUUUUUCUGGAGCUCGCUACAGGCAGAGAGGUGUUUGACUGGAUUUUAGAUCAAGGAUACUACUCUGAGAGGGACACCAGCAAUGUUAUGAGGCAGGUGUUGGAGGCUGUAGCUUACCUGCACUCUCUGAAAAUUGUCCACAGAAAUCUUAAGUUGGAGAACUUGGUGUACUUUAAUCGUUUGAAGCACUCCAAAAUUGUUAUCAGUGACUUCCAGUUGGCAAAACUGGAAAAUGAACUCAUUAAGGACCCAUGUGGAACUCCAGAAUAUCUCGCUCCGGAGGUGAGGUAUGGAGAGCAGAAGGCUAAUGGACGCCCUGUGGACUUGUUGGGACCAUCGGUGUCGCCCAUUUUGUCCUGGAAACCCUCUUUUUCUAUGAUGAGUGCAGAUGAAGAUAAUGAUCGUGAUAAGAAUCUUUUCCUAACGAUUUUGUCAGGGGACUAUGAAUUUGAUUCGUCACCAUAUUGGAUGACAUCUCAGAUUCUGGCCAAAAACUUAGUGGCAUCUUUGAUGGAAGUUGACCAAGAUCAGCGUCUGACUGCCCCGGAAGCUAUUGCCCAUGAAAUGAUUUCUGGACUGGCUGCCUCAGACACGAAACAUCCAGGAUGGCGUUUUGUGCACACAAUAUAGAAAAAGAACUUUGCCCAGAAAAUAAAAGCAAAGUGGAAGAAAGCUGUUAGAGUGACCACCCUCAUGAAGAGACUUCGAGCGUCUGAGCAGGGGGAUUCUGGGGCUGCCGGGGCUGCAGCAGACCCCAACACGCCCGGCGGCACUCCUGCUCCUGCAGCCGACGGCGGUGGGGGCGUUGCUGCCAGCAUAAAGGCUGUUCUUAGUGAAAAGGCUCCUGACACACAGACUGCCACCAUCUCUGCACUCUCCCUGCCCAGUGCAGCCAGACAGGAAGAGCAGCCACAGGCACGGUGCAACGGCGAUGUUCCCCAAAUGUUGCCACAGCGAAAGGCAGAGUAGGCAUCAGACAAAUGCGAGAAGAGGACCCUGGCCAAACUAUCAAGUACAUGUGCAGGAGAGCCAAUACAAUUGGCAUGAUGAUACCAUUUCUGUGCUGUUUGACUACCCCCCAGUUUGCAGAGUUAUUUCACAACGCCAUGCAUUUCAACAUUUCUGCCUUCUGUAUUGAUUGGUCUAUUGAAUAGUGUUUUUCACUCU